CUUCACAAGCCGAGGCUAAACUACUGCAGAGCUGCAGCAAGUUUAUGUUUAUAUGUGAGAGAGAUUUACAGUUCCAAGAGACAGUUCUCAUAGUAGGGCAUCAAUAUGGCUUCAACAAUUCGCAGUGAGGAGGACACUAAGGAGUUCUUUGAUUCUCCAGAAGAGCUGGAGACUAAGGUCUCCCAGCUGGCUGACUGGGUCAGGCAGAGCAAACACUUUAUUGUAUUCACUGGAGCAGGAAUCAGUACUUCAGCUGGAAUUCCAGAUUUCCGUAGUGGAAUAAAUACUAAACUGGAAACAGGGCCAGGUGCAUGGGAGCUACAAGCUGCAGGCAUCGAAUGGGAUGUUAGGAAGCACAAAACAACAUCCGUCGCCAAGGCAAUCCCCACACCAACGCACAUGUCGUUUGUGCAGCUCAUGGAGAAGGGAAUCCUGCAUGCUGUUGUCAGUCAGAACUGUGAUGGCCUGCACAGGAGAAGUGGAUUACCAACCUCCAGGUUGUAUGAGCUCCAUGGAAACAGUAAUGUUGAGAAAUGCAACAUAUGCGAGAGAGAAUAUCUGCGGGAUUUUAGGACAUCAACAGGCAUGGGUGGUAUGUUCGGCCACAAGACAGGUCGUAUGUGUGACGACCUUGCCUGUCGUGGUGACCUUGAAGACACGAUUAUCAACUUUGGAGAGAGCCUUCCUGUAGUCACUAUAAAGGAUAGUUUUGACCACUCAAAGAAAGCUGACCUCUGCCUGGCCAUGGGCUCGAGCCUCACUGUCACACCAGCUGCUCUCAUCCCACAGAAUGUGGGCAAGAAGAAUUUGCUGGUGAUAGUGAACCUACAGAGGACACCAAUAGACCACCUAGCUGCCCUGAGGAUCAAUGGGAAGUGUGAUGAUGUGAUGAAACUGCUCAUGAGCAAGCUGGGGCUGGAUAUACCCGAGUUUAGGCUCAAGAGACGAAUUGUAAUGACAGCUGGGAAGAAAGGAGACAAGUAUGAGGUGUGUGUGGAAGGGAGGGACCAAGAGGACCACCCGUUCUCGUUUCUCAAGUCUGUAACAUUCAGUGGAGCUGAUCCGGACAUCAGAUGUGAUCAAGAGCCCUACACAGUGCUGACCAGAGCUGGUGCUGCCCUCCAGGUCAACAUAGCCUUCCAUUCUCACUAUGGGGAGCCUCCUUUGAUGUUGAAGUUUGAUAUAACUGAAGACGGAUCAGUGACAGUGGAUCUCCAGUACAACCCCUUCACUGGGAUGUGGGCAGUUUCAAGGUCUGACGAGGUCAAAGGUGAAGUCAAAGAUGUCGCAGAAAAACUAGCCAGUGCCAAAAUUCAGUAAUCAAAUAUUUGUUUGUCAUACAGUGUGGCUAUUAGUGUACAUGUAGCUUUCUUAAUAACUUUUGAACACUCUUAUGUUAUAUAUAUUUGGCAACUGUGAAUUAAAGUUGAAACAACAAUUAUUAUUGACUUGUA